CUCAGGUGUCCACUGAGCCACGCCAACUGCAUCUGGGUCCUUUAGACUUUGACACAGAACAGAGCAGAAAUUCGUCAAAGUCUGUUUAAUCUCAAAGCAUCCCGUAUGUACACAUCAUAUUUGUUGGAAUGCAUUAGGCGCCGUCCCGGAAAAAAGGAGUAUAUAAACAGUGCUUACACAAGACCAGAGGUAGAUCGGUCCUAUACGAAGAAUUAUUUACAAGCAUUGCUUAUUCCCAAACAGUCACAAGAUAUUCGAUAGCCAUAGUUGCAGCCGGCAAGGUUGAUUAAAGAGAGGUUCAUUAAACAUUUGAAGGUAAGCGGAAAGCAUAACAGUUGAAGAAAAACAAGCCUUUCUUAAUCGUUUCUUUGGCUCUGUACCCCAACACUAACAUAGUAGCCCCAAAUAUUUGACGCCUUUUCUUCUAGUUAGUGGUAAACCAAAUUUUGCGUCGCAUGUUUUGAAUAUCUUGCUAUGGCGUGCAGCAAAUCGGCUUGACCGAAUCCAGUACAUGACUGAGGUCGAAAUAACCAAUGUAAUUUUUAUCAAAGCGGAUCAUCUCGGCCCUCUUUCCUGAUUUUUCUCGCUUCUGUGUUCGAAAGUAAUCUCUGCCUGUUUUUUGCUGAAAACAGCGAGCAUAUAAACUUGAAUUAGAAGACGUUAUAGCAGUUAUUUAUUUGGCACAAAAUACCUAACAUCACAUCAUGAGUCGCAGUUCUACUAUAAGCCGCAGUAUCUUGAAAAUCUAUGGACUAUGAGCAUACGUUUCUCCGGAGAAAAUGCUACGAUGUCUUUAUUGAUUAAACAGGGAAGGAAGCUUUAUGCUAAAUUUGCUGUGGUUUUGGAAAUGAAACAUUCAGCGAAUACAAAUCUUCUUUUCAAAGAGAUCGUUGUGACCAAAUGUCAGAGUAUAAAUGAUGUACGCGGUUGUAUAACAAAUUUUUACAGCGAUUUAAAAUAGCAACUAUCACCCACUCCUUUUUAACACUCGACUGCGAAAUAAAAGCUGGUUUUUAUAAGCUUUUCUUCUACUUUAUUAGUUGCCUUUCUUUAACCGAGAUUCAAAGGCGAUCCCGUCACGAACUUCAUUAUCCGUUCAACGGCUCCGUCAAGACCAGUGUUCUGCUUAAGAACAGGUCUUUGUGACCCAUGACAAGUCUUAUGAUUUUAAUCUUUUCCUUUCAAUUCCAAGGGAAUGUGAUAAGAUGUCAAAUGAUUGUGUAUCUCUUCUCCAAUGCAAAAGACAAGAAAAAAAUAGUUUAACUUCUUCAUCUCUUGAAAAAGUAUUGUCAUAGUUCCCUGACUUUGCUUUCCACAAAGCUCUGUUUGCCUUCCAAAACUUAAAACUCUACCAUACGCUUACUUAGUUUUUUGAGUUCGAAUGGUUCAGGAAAUUUAGCGUUAUGGCAGUAAGAAUCAAUAAGAAGACCAUGUUGUUAGGUGUCUGCGAAGUAAGGGAUCGUAAGCCGACCAAAUGUAAAUCCAACUAUUCCUCAAAUCCGUGGCAGAAAUCGACAGAUAUUUUAUAAAUUUAUUGUGCAAUCCGCUACAGUAAAUGUGGCGAUGAGUGAAAACGGUACUGACUUUCAAUUGACACAAACACUUCCCGUAAUUCUCUUAGCCUUUGUCAUAGUGUUUAGCACAAAAGAAUCAUUAGUGUCUGUUGUUAUGUAUUAAACGCAGGGAUGUCAAAAUGACCUUGGUGUGUCCACAGGCUUUGUACCAAAGUGUAAAUUGAGGGGGCGUUGCUUUAAACAAUACUUGACAAACCCACACAGUUAAACCAAUUUAACGAUCUCCUGUCUUGGAUAAGACAAAAAAGUUUUUCGUGCAUAGAAGCACAACAGCAAUGAAACAUAUUCCAAAGAACAUGCACCAGUCUGGAGAAAUUCAAUGCAUAUGAUCACUAUGGUCAACAACGAGACAGAAACCUUAAAAGAAAGUUUAAAUGCAGUUACUUCAAUCGUCGAAGGUGAUCGAUGUUUUAUAUUAUGUGCUGAUAAUGGGAUAACGAUGUAAUCCUUGAUAAAAAACAGUUCGCUUGCUGCUCGGUGAGUCAAGAUUUUGAUGUAAAUGACGUGGAAAAUUCCCACUUUUCCUCCGUUGGCAAUCUGUGAGAAAUCGUAAUGAACUAACACCUUUCUGUCUCCGGUUGAAAACUGAAGCUCGUUGAACAUUCAUUUUCACAAAUAUUGGAUAUUACACAAGAACAAUGGCAAGAGCGUGACAUUUUCCUCCAAGUUCGCAACUGUGGGGGAUAAGAUUGAAGGCCGCGCGGAUAACAAAUUUGACUACGAAACACGCAAUCAAACGAAAGUGCUUUAUUCGUUUUUACGUCAUUUCCACGACAGUAAGAAAUCUGUUUAUCUCAGUAAAGUUCCUCAGAACACAAUAAAAGAGCAUGCUAAUAAAAUGAUUAAAUCUGGGAACUUAAUACCUUGUAAAUUAGAUUUGUAUGUCACUUUGUGUACGUGGCAUAGUAUUCAAUUUUGACUGAUUCUAAAGUGUCUCUGAGAAGACCAGACUACAUGCUUCCACUCAUCAUGUGAAAAAUAUCACAUGAAAAAUAUCUCAUAGGAAUUAGGAAGCUAAGCACGUCUUUCAAAAAUUCUUGGAAGGAAGUUAAACCAAAACAGUUAGAGACUCUCUUUUCUGUCCGUUAGAACAAAGGAUUUCCACAAUUUCUACUAUUCACAUUUUUAUAACACAGAAGUAAUGAUGAGAGUGUACAAUAGGGAAAAAAUAAGCACGGGGUGUCACAAAUAGCAUAAAAUUUAAUGUCGCAUCUUCUUUGAUCCAUCAAUGGAUAUAAUUUUAAUACAUGGUAGAUAUAAUUAUGGUCGACUUGUCGAAGCCAUCUCAACCGACCAUCAUCUAACGACAGCCACUUAUGACAGCCUCGGCAAUGGGGGUCAAUGCAACUGGGAUAGUUUCUAAUGAAUCCUGUGCGUUUUAAAUAUGCAACAGUGAUAGUUUCGUCUAAUGAAUCCUGUGCGUUUUAAAAACUUUGAUAAAAUCUUUUUCUCUCUUUCCUUGAAUAUGAGCAGUCUUUUUUUAAAUAUUAUUAUUAUUAUUAUUUCGUUUAUAAAUCAUCGCUCUACAAGUAAUUUUAUAAACAUUUCUACAAAUUCCGCUAUAGCUUUUUUAUAGUCGGUGGUCACAAACAAUGACAGUAUCCACACAGGGAACAAUGAGGAGCGAUCGUUCUGCUAGCAGGAAAACAAAGCAUAAUAGUGCUGGUUCGAUGCAAUUAGCUUUGCGGCUAAUAUUAGCGCAAAUUUUGGCAAUCUGGUGCUCCAAACGAUAUUUUGAGACUAAACAAUACCUUUAGACUGAAAUAAGGAAACCAGGCGUUAUUACUAUUUGAAUUUAAGCAACACAUACUCUCGAAACGAAGAGGGAAGUUGUUUGCUUGCUUGAAUACGCAAUUUUGUUUAAUAUGCCUGCAUCACGGAAUUCUAUUGUUCUCUUUCAUCCGUAAAGUACAGGAAGAACUUCAUUGGAAAAACAACUUCCUAUUUUUACUAUUGGAAGAAAAAGGAGAACAAAAUACGGCCAUUUAGUGACAAUCGCGGAUCCUUACCUCAGAGGGAUAUAAGUUGUAAGUAUUAGCGAGCUUCUUAUUCAAAUAAUCGAUGAAAGAUUGGCUUUGAUUGCUACGUUAAAGUCUUCCAUGCUAAGAUGUCUCAUACAAGAGAUUUGUGGUUUUUUGAAAGGAAAUAUAUAAUCUUAAAGGUAAGUUAACCACCUCACUUAAGUAAAACAUAGCAACUAUUGACAAAUCGACCACAUAAUUUUGACAAAAUUAAUCCUCUUCCUCCAACGGACUUCACAACACUCAGGUCACGUCAGUUUUUCCAACCUAUAUUCUGCGAUGUAAUCCUACAGUUGGAACUUAGUUUGAUUCAUCGUUUCUUUCUCGUGUAAACAGUUAUCACGUUGUAAAAUGUAUUUCUUCACAGUGUGAUCGAUCCAUUGAACACUGAUGCCUUAAAAAGGACCAAUUCAUCAUACUCGAAACUACCUCACCAUCUGACCCUCACUCUACAGUACACUCCUAAAGUGUGAACCAUCUUUGUUCUUGAAUGACGGAUCACAAUUUUCAUGUGUAACCGUCUAUUGUAUAUUUACGUCAUUAAGUUCCCUUUCCCACGGAUUUGAGGAACAUGGAAACUCGUCCUACAAAUUGUCAGAGUCUUGCACUGAAAGCUACGGCUGAUUGCAUACAAGUAAAGCAACUCGGAAUCAUUUCAUCCUUUUAAGUAGUUUUUCAUAAAGUCUUCGUUCAAAACCGUAUGAACAUUUGUCAAAUUUGCACCUUGCGGUCCACUUGUGAGGAAUUAUCCUCAACAAAUGUCCGGAUCAGGGUUCAAAUUCCAGAGUUUCUUAACAUGAACAAAUUCCUCUUUCACGUAACUUGAAGUUUUAGUCAGAAUCAAUUAUGUAUUUUUUCCUUAGUCAGAAGAGAACGCUGUUGUUGAUUUUGAAUACAUAGAGUGAGGCAUUAAGCCUUGAAAAAGAAAAUUAUUAUCCAGAUACCACACUACCAACACACGUUUUCGUCUUUGAGCAUUUAUGUCAUGAGUUUAAACACACUCCCUCGAGCUAUCCACACACACGCACACACACACCAUUCACACGUUUAUAGACGUAACCCGUAGAAACUCAGAAAGAAGAAGAAGCCGAAGGAAAAAAAUGCUUGGGUCAUUGUCAUAAUUCAAUUAGUUCAAUUCCGUGGAGUGUUCGAAGCGAGAUAGAACGUACGAAGCGCCUGAGAGUCUUCCAGACGGAGGUCGAACAUGCACGUCUCCAAAUAAGUUCCUUAAUCCAAGUCAAUAUUUUUGACAAUAACUGCUACGCCACACUAGUCUGCAACUCUAAUUUCAGCAAUCCCAAUGCAUUUCUGGAGUUUUCCAAAUUUGAGCCAGUUUCUUCUCAUUCGUGAUUAUAUUUUUAAAAAUUGUUUAUUUUAAGUUAAUUUAGAUUCAUCCUAAAUUUGUAUCCCACAACUAUUCCGAGAUUACCACAAUUGUAACCUUUAAGGUGAAAUCAGAACGAAAGCAAGACAUAUUCAGCUCUGAUAUUUUUCUUCAGUGACACGACAAGUAUGCAAAAACUUUCUUUUCUUUCCACGCCACUUGAAAUGUCUCCAAGUCAACUACGUUGCACGAAAGGCAAAUAUGCAAACUAUGCCAAGUUUUAAGCACAUUAUUUUGGCAUCGCAAAGAAGUGACGCCUUAAACGAACAAAAAAAGGAACGUUUUUGGCCACGAGGAUCAAACCUAACUUUUACGAAAGCCGCAACACGGACGAUAAAGGUGAAAUAUCGUUUGAUUUUAGGAUUUAGUUACUCUACUCUUUCUCCUCUACCAUGACCUAAAGUGCAGAAAGAUCGGGAAACAUUUUAAGUUAUGAAAUUUGCGCAAUCCUCUCGUUAAACUGACAAGGAUUGUUUCAUAUGGAUAAUUUUGAUCUAUAAAAUGAGUGCUAAUUUUAUCCCACAUAUUUUGUCGUCGUUAGAUAUUGCAUUUAUUAUAUGGGUGUUUCUUGGUUAUAACUUGCUUAAAGGUAUCCUUAUUACUGACGCAAAGAUUCGCUUUCAAAAAUUUCUUUGGAUUAAUAUUUUCUCUCUCCAUUUUUUCUUAUUUUUAUAAGCUUUGAAUGGUCUAUAGUAGGAAGUAUGUAACAGAAACGAAAUUUGUCUUUGCCAGCAUUCAAAAAACGAAUGACCUGUCUUGCAGUCUUCGCCUUGAUUGCUUUGUAACUGGCAUUCUUUGAUCAUAACGAACGUUUCAUAAAGAAAAGUCGAAAGUUGUGGGUUUUUUCCUACAAGACUCUCUGCUGUUCAAUUGGAGGUUUUAGGUGAACAAGUCAAAACUCAAUGCAUUACUGAAACAGAGAUCAGAGAAGGACGAGAUUAAUUUUGUCCACAACCCUAGCUUCUUAAUGCAAUGCCAGUUGCAUGCAAUCACUGGAAUAGAGACCGAGAAUUCACAAUUCCAUUUCGUUACUUAAGUUAAUGUUCAAUUAAUCUUUACGUUCCCUAUGUGGGGAAAAAAAUCUCGUGAACAAUUUUUGAGAUAACCUCAUUUAAUAAUGAGGAAAACCAUACUGUUAAGUACAGCAACUGAAAAAUAGUUGCUUCAGUUAUGGUAAAUUUCAGGCAAGCUACAAAGUAUGAUAGAAUAUUCUGAUAUUUUGGUAAAUUACAUGCUUUCAAUUAAGGUUUUUUGUUUGUUUUUCAAAUUCUUUUCUUUCGGUAAACUUUACAGAAAAAGAACCUGGUAGUUGAAAUAAGAAAAAAAAAUUAAAUCGUUGAUGACUUUUCUUUGUAAUCAGGCAAAUGAAAAAAAUCCACAAAUUUUUAUGAAAAAAAUACUAAUUUCGACAGUAUUUUCUUUUUUUUUUGAUGAUGGCAUCGUUUGAGUUGCACGUAUCAGAUCACUUAUGCCUUAAUUGAACAAUACUACCACCAUAAAACUGUUGAUGGUUACAACGUGCUAUAAUGUGAUCUUGUUAUUUGACAAAACCAGUUAAGUACCAAGGCCAAGGCUAGCGACAACCUGUAAAAACAAUCAUAGUUCUUCCGUUUAUACUUGUUAAAAUCAUUAUCUUUCCAAGAUAGGACUUUUAAAACUUAUUUUUUAUUUCUAAAAUAUUGCGCUAUUGUAAGAUGUGUAGAGCUACCUUGAUAUUUUCCACACGGAUACAAUCAAAGUUCCCACGUGGCUAGACAUUGAAGAGAUUAAGUUAGUUUUGACUGAAAAGGUCCUCUCUAUUUCCAAUUCUUCAUGAAUUCUAAAGUGUUUGUAGGACAAGGGGGCCACACAGAUAGGUCAGCGGAUUAUCUGACAUGACAGCUCAUAACCUUGACCCAUCAAAAUUUUCACAACCAAAGAACAGCACAAUUGUAGGUUCCUUUAUUGAAGAGGAUAGCAAAGUUUACACAGUUCGAGGUUUACUAAUUUAAAUUUUGUUUGAAUCAUUGAAAAGGGAAACAGGCUGUCUUUCUGUUUUGUUUUGUAAACCAACCUAUCACCAGCAAUUAAGAUCUACCUUUUUAUCACCUAUGAGGCUAUUAACGGUCUGGUUGAUCAUAACUUACCAUUGUAACUAAACAAAAGCGGAGAAAAGGCGAAAAGUUAACAAAGGCAGAAGAGCCUCGGUUAGAUUGUGCGAAACUUGCUCGGGGAGGAGGGGAGGAGGUGUUCAAGGUUUAGUAGGGGGGAACAUGACCAAGAGGCCAAAGCAUUUGGUUCGCAAUGCGGUGGUCCUGGGAUCAAUCUCAUCACCAUGCUAUUCACUGGAUAUGUUCUCUUGACUGUUCAAUGUAAACGAUGUCUCCUACUAGUUGGUACCUAGACAAAAUAUGUUGCCAUGGGUGAUUUGUUAUCCUGUUUGGUGUUUUUGGUUUUUUAAAAGCUAAGCUUGGCAGUGGUUAAGUAAGGAUGUCAUAAAUCCUCUCAUAAAUUUUUAAAGACUAAUUGGAUUUUUUAUGGAACAUGAAAAGUUUUUCAUGGAGCUACAUCCGGAAGAUGUGGUCGGUCGUGGAUGUUCCUCGCAGACACUAUUUCCUAAAUUGAUUGACGUCACAGAGUGAUCUAAUUAUAGUCUUGAUUCAAAGAUAAUUGUAAUGCUUGCACGAACUCUCAGUUAAGACAACAUCAGCAACGAACAACACUACAUUCCCGUCGGGAAAAGAGAGAAAUGAGAAGGAGUUUGUAACUUAUUGGAAAAAUCUCGUGUAGUUUUGGACUAAGGUUAGUAAACUGAAACAAAAAAAUUAAUGUGAACAUAAAUUUCGUAGACGUCUUUCACUUUAAAAGGCUCAAUGGCCCAAUUAGUGCUUUCAGCACUUUACAGAUGUAGUAUUGCAUUGCUCUGACUUGUCGGUCAAAGUAGCUCAAAUUGAGGCUUUGAUCUUCACAAAUCAUCAGAAUGUCUCAAUGAGCAUACUCAGUGCAUAUUAAAUUUUUAAAAACUUACGACCAGAAAGUUAAGUAUCUUCGGCACAAAAAACACUUUUAAAGAUUUAAUAAAGAUAAUCUAGCUUUUAAUUGUUGGGGCUUAUUAGGCGAUUUUUGACAGUUUCACCAAAUCAAAAUAUAUUGACAAGAGUUCUGAAUUUGGUUUGUGAAAAUUGAAAAAAAUUCCAUAGUUGAAAUGGGAAAUUUAUCAUGAAAUUUUUUGUUGUAACAUAGUCUUCAUCGGAAAUGACCAUGCAAGGGACAUUUCUGUUCGCUCCUCAUUCUUCUUUUUCCUCCCUUUGACAUUAACUUCGGCUGUUUUAGGCGUGUAACUUAGUUACCUAAUUAAAACAUACUCACUGAAAUGUUGCCAAAAUCCCCCGCAAAAUAUCCAUCCUCCAUAGUUACUACAAAAAGAUCAGUUUUCAUUCUUAGUACGUGAUGUAUGCCGGUGUUUGGCCAGUCUGUUCCGUGACGUUUUUGAAAACGUCAAAUUUUUUAGGAUUACGUGCAUGUGUUUAUCCGUCCGGUACGCGUUUUCGUUUAUUCUGGCUGCAGCUCAAUGUUGAAUUCUCCAGAUUUCCUUGAUACUAUAUCUGUUGCGAUAUGACAACGUCACGCCCAUUAGAAGUUGCGAAAUAAUUCAUUCUUGCGAAAUAAAAUUAGAGAAAUACUUUUUGCACCCAUUCAAGUUUUUAGUAUAUAUCCCGUGAUAAGAGUAAAAUUUUCUUGUCUUCUGUUUGUACGAAUUUAUUUACGAAUCGCAUUUUUGUUAUGUUUCCUUCUCGUUGUGUUAAGUUCACUUUGCUUCACAGACAUUAAUUUAAUCUGGUGUUCAUCCAGCUUAUCUCUUCCCGAGCAUUUCAUUAAACAGACCUCGACAACGACAAAUACCAUGAACUUAGGGUAAAUGUUCCUUCGCAUUUUCCCGAGUGUCGUUUGCUCUAAUAUUCGAUAAGCAACACUCGCCAGAAAAGUGAAUUAAUUCCAGGGAGUAGUCUCUCGAAAAACUAAAUUUUUAUCUAAUAAUAAAGGUAGAAUAUAACUAGAACGUGAUAAUUAUCCAUUGAUAUCUUGCCAUAGAAUAUAUAUUUGGUCCGGAAAUAAGCAGAACUAUAAAUAAACUUGUUUGAAAAGCCAUGCUCUUCCCAUCUGCUACUCAACAACUCGAAAGUUUACACUUCUCUUUUAGUGGCAAUGUACUUAAGAUUUUAAGGUGAGAGACAUAACAUUUGCCAAUUUUGAUCAAUAUAUGACGAUCUAAAUGGUGCUGCAGUGAGUUUCAAAUUUUUAAACCACACAUAUCCUGUGAAAGUUUAUUAUUGAAGAUGAUCGUCGUAAGUUUUAGAUACUUUUAUUUGGCGUCUUCAAUGCGUUGACAAAGGCCGAGCAUUGGAGGCCACAAAAUGACGAUAAAAUGUUAUCUUUUGGCAUCUCACCAACAAUAAUCGUCAACGGGAUCAUGAUUUUUGAAGAAUCAGAAAUUGAACUCAUUAAGAACAGGUUUUCUUUGUCCAGCUAUAAAGUAAUAAAAGUAUAUUUAACGCAAAUUCCCUAGCUGGACUUUCGCAGGGAUCUAAGGUUUACUAUCAUUACUAUGAAAAUAUGAAAACUUUGGAAAUGUGAAAACUUUCUAUUCCCUUUUUUCUGUAAAAGAAUUUUGGAAACACUUAGCGGUGAGGUUUAUAAUUCAGCAGCCGUGAAAACAUGUACGUUAUCUUCUUACGGUCGUGGAGAUUUAUAUUCAAACACUGUGUAGACUUGAUUUAAGUCGAAAUCGAUUGGCAGACGUGCAACUUUCGUAAGAAAGACGGCACUAUUAUGUGUCAAGAUUUACGAGCGUCCUCUGCUUUUUAAGGGCAGGAGAAUCACAAAGUGAACUUCGUUCCGCAAAAAAAAGAAGAUUUUUUACCUCUUUUUCUUCCUAUGUUCAUUUGGCUUUGAAGAUUCGAAUAAGAUGUUAUUUUUUUCUCCAAAAACGCUUAUAGUAUGGUGAACUACUCAUCGUAAAUAGAUACAGCCGCAGUUGCUCUAUUUUUCCCUGUAAUAUGGCGCUUACAAAUUAUGGAGUUCUUUCGCACAGUUUCUUGCAGACACUAUAGCAAAGCUGAUGUAGUUACAACGAACAAAAAAAAAUGAUUGAAUAAGAGGUAUUCUCGGUGUUGGUGGUAUUUAAAGAAAUUGCGUCAUUAUACAUGAGUUAUAUUUUCGAUGAAUAAAACUGCAUUAGAUACUUUAAUAGUAUGGAGAAUACUUUGAAAACUCAGUGUAUUUAAAACGAACGAAAAAGGAGUAAAAACGGUCGAAGAUGGGAGACGUUUGUGUGGAUUUUAUUUGAUGAAACAGAAAAAUUAAAGCUGGUUAAUUUCCAGUAUAAAGGAACCGUGAAUCACGCAGUGGGGAAACAAAGAACACACUAUGAGAGUGACUCAAAUCACGUGCAUCAUCAGGUGCAUGAUACGGAACAGAGAUCGUAGCAGGGAGGCUUACCGUUUAAAAAUUUGCGUGCCCGUGAUGAGAUUAUCUCUCGUCAACAGACUGAUAACCAUAUUUAUCCCAUCUUAUCGAAAGAUAACGCCAUUUAUUAAGUGUCAAAAUGGACCGGUAGAAGAAAUGUCAAUUUGCCAACUGUCAUAUCGAUCACUGACAUUUUUCUUUCUCAAAACAGGACAAUACCAGUAGGUCACAUGAGAAUGUUCCUUCCACAGGGUCAAAUAGGUGAUUCUAACAUUAAGUUUCUCCUGCUUACACAAUAGUUACUGCGGAACAUCAGACACGAUCAGAAAUGAAUGGUAUUUUUGGACGUUUGCCACCCUGUACAAUGAACGGGUACAACUACAGUCGUCCACAGAGCAUGGAUUUUUACGACCCGACCGAAGCUGUGAUGUAUGGUAAGAGUGCAGUGAUAAACAAUGUCCUCUGAUUUGGUUGCGUGCCUUGAUGUCAUAAAUUUGGUCUCAAUCCUGAUAAUCUUUCCUAUUGUGCUAAGUGGCUUUAAGGCUAACCGUUCUCGACUGACUCCCGUAAAGGAUUGUUUAGUCUCUGAUGAAAAUGAACAGCCAUAGAAAGACAACUAAAACAGAAGUUCUUUGUCCUUAGAUUUCUCAAGUAGAAUUUCAAAGAUUUCCACUGAAAAAUAUAACUUCACCUCCGAGACCUUAAAGCAUAAGAUAUGUACAUCUGAACUUGACAUUUUGAAAAUUUCCCAACAAAUUAUAAUCACUGUUAUCGUCUUACAAAACUCACAUUUUACAACAUGGAAAUCUCUACUGAGAAAUCAGUGCUCAGCUACACUAUCUUUCUGUCUUAAAGAUCACGUUUUGCCACUUUUAUAACGUGACCGCGUAGGAUUUCAUACCUUAUUAGCGUGUUUAUAGAUUUUUUUUUAACAUAAUUUCCUAGUCUUUUCCUGUUUAUGACUUUAAUCCAAUGGUUUUUUCAAAUCCCUGGGAUAAUAACAUAAAUGCAAGCAGAGCUGUUCCAGUUUCGAAAUAAGUCAGUAUCACGAUUGGUUGAGAUUCUUAAACAUCAGGUCACAAAGGAAAAUGAAGGUUCCUCUUUUAAUGAUGUAGUAAACGGAAUCUUUGCAUUGUCAACUGAAUUUACACUUGAGUUUUUCCAGAAUGGAGUAAAAAAAAAAAAAGUGUUUUUUUCUUGCACAUAAUUGCACUAGUUAGUGUUCAUUUGUAUUAUUUCUGUUCACGUCGUUUAUAUCGUUACCUCUUCAAAGUUUGCUCAAUGAGUUCCCCACUCGUCGAGUAACACAUGAGGGUAUAGCUGUAAGUUUGACAAUUUUUUUUAUGCAUCAGCAUUAUAAUCCAUUCAAAUGCGGGAGUCUGUCAGAAAAACCCUGGAUAAUCCCUUAUUGGACAGCCACCUUAAGAGCUGGUUUGCUAUUUUCCUAAUUGAUAUAGAGAUUAAGGCUGACAAAAAGCGGUAUAUACAACCCAAUCACAUAACCAAGCCCACCACUCGUACGUGUUUUGCUUGGUAUAAGAAGACAGAUAUAAAUUAAUGCUUUGGGACUAAACUAAACUUGAAGUCGGUUAGCUUGCAAUAUGGAGUUUGCUUGGCCAGGUUUAAUGCCGUGUCUUGGCUGUCCCCAAUGUAUAACGUCAAGGUUUUUGAAGGUAUUAACUUUAAUGUUUUGUGAUCGAAAAAGUUUGUCUUGGGAUUUGAGAUGUUUGGCAAACGGUGGAAAUGUCUACUUGAAAAUUUAGGAAGAGUCACUUACAAAGACCCAAAGAGGAUCGUAUUAUCCAUUUUAUAAGUUUGAGAGCAGCGAGUUGAAUGUAAGCAGCUACAGCUGUAGCACUCGAGUACUUGAGCUUGCUUCUCGAAGAUUCUUGUUGAGGAUAAGUAUUACGAAAUAUGAAUUAUGAUGGGCACAACUGGAUUCUAAAAUGACGGAAAGGAAUGAAAGUCCUAGAUGUAGGAGGGUCGGGUCUGACUUACCUGAUUGUUGGACUCCAUAAAUAUAUUUCAAAAUGGAACUGGACAAGAAUAAUUGGAAACUUAUUCCUUGAGAACCCGUUUAAAUGUGGUUGAUCCAUCCACUGAAACCUGCGUAGAGCUGAAAUUCCAAGACAAUUGUAAAAAUUAUUGCUUCUUUUUGAAAUCGAACGCAAGACAGACUAACACAAUCCCAUCAGUUCUUUACAAAGUAUAUUUUUCUUCAUGUAACCGUUUUUUAUAAUUUUUUUUAAUUAAAUAGUUGUCCUCUUUUGUUCUAGGACCUCCACGAAAACAACGUCGUGAGCGUACGACUUACACCAAAGCUCAGCUUGAAAUUCUGGACGAGCUAUUUGCUAAAACAAAAUAUCCGGACAUCUUUAUGAGGGAGGAAGUUGCUAUGAAAAUUAAUCUUCCGGAAAGCAGAGUACAGGUGAGAGCAAAGAUCCGUCUUGAGACAAAAGGAUUAUUUUUUGGUGUAUUCUCGUAACUGGGAGAACCAGGCCCCCUGUUGUGGGAUAUGUCCUACUUGGAAAAAAAUGUGUUGCUUCCAAGACAGUUGACAGAUUUCAUGCUUUUCUUGAAUCUUCCUAAUUCUUUUGUUGUUUAGAUUUUAUUGGCCAGAGCAAGUUUUAAGUCACACCACUUUCACAGAAUCAUUCAUGCGUCUUCCCCGCAUCAAAUAAUUUGACAUAUUGCCAUUAGAAUCACCGGUGUGCUUCACUGAUAUCUGCGUUACUUAAAACGACGAAGUAGUGAGCUUUUAAUUCUCUGCUAAUGUAUAUUGUAAUCAACUAAGGACUGUCGCCGCCUAGCCAUUUUAAUCGUCGCUCUCAAAUAUUUCGAGCUAUUUUUGGUCAUGUCUUACAUUGCGUGGCCUACGGAGACAAUUAGCAUUUUAUAAGGAUGAUAGAUAUGCCCAAAAUCUUCUUGACUUUGUUUUUAAGGGGCGUUACUUGGGUGAUAGCGGAUUAUAAGUACUUAAUUACCCACAAAUUACUCUGUUUAUCAACGUUACUGAAUUUAACUCUUUUGUUUACAAAGAGUUGUUAUCUUAAAGCAGAACGCCCGCGUCGGGAACAGAUAGGGCCAACUUUGAACACGUGUUGAAAAAUGGCACGAAACAUGUUUUUUAGUGAAAAACCGGCGAAAAAAUUAUGGAAGAAAGCAAAAUGAAGCAAACUGAUUAAACAGAAGUAAUUCAAGUCUUUAGUUUGAUGCUUUUUCUUCAAUAUUGCGAUACAAAUAGAGUAAUUCGUGAUUUUCGUUAGCGUGAGUUGAGACACGGAGUUUUGGAAGCUCUGUUUGAAUUGGUGGCCUUUCAAGUGUUUGGUAUCACUUAUCACACCUUGGACUCACGCGACGUUUACUCCCUGCUUUUUGUCCGAACGCUACAUGCUUUUAUUUUUUUUUAAUUUUAUCUUGCUUUUAGCCUUAGCCUGGUAGAAUACAUGAAAUCUUACUACAGUUUAAAUUUGAUGUACCUAUUUGAACCUUUUUAUCUUAAAAUAUCAUAAAACUUUUUUUCGACUUUAAUUUUUUUUUUUUUUUUUCAAUAAUGUGGCAUUUCAACCAUUUACGUUUAGUGUUAAAUCAUUCUAUUUAGUACAAAUUAUUUAUAUUUUUUUGGCCCAACUCAAUGUAAUGGCAAAUUCAUUUAGCUCAGCAACCAAGUAAAUCCAAAUCUUGUCGCCUCGCUUUCCAUAUUUUAUGAAUGACUCGAAAACUGUUUAAAAUUAUUUUCCUCUAACAUUUUGAUCGCUAAUCCUAUCCUUAUCUUUUCUAGGUAUGGUUUAAAAACAGAAGGGCUAAGUUUCGACAGCAAAACAAGCAACAACAAGGCGCCCCAAGCAAGCCUAAACCAACAGCAGCUAAGCCAAGAAAGAGCCCCACGCCACCUGCUUCACAGCAUGUCCAAGAUCCAUCGCCAAAGCCAUCCCCCAUAGCACAGGCACCCCCUCAACAGUUCAACAACUUUACUUUUAAUGGUCCCAAUUGGCCUAGCAAACACAAUAUGCAAGAAAUGGCCAACUUCCACAGACAGGCCAACUAUCAAAAAUUUAUCAAUAACGGAAUGAAUGGAUUCCCUCCGUCUAAUUUUGGGCCCACUUCGUCACCGCAAGCUCAUUUCUACCCAAGCCACGAACAGUACUUCUCCUAUAUGUCAAAUGCUGGACCCGUCUCAAAUGAGAUGUCCCGGAAUCGAUUAGAAUCCACUAUGAUGUGCUGAAAGUUCCAAUAUUUCAUGAAAUUUGCCACCAAGCUUUAUAACUCUUCAGAAGAAAUUCUUAGUGUGUAUUAUGCCAUAUGGCUGUAUAUAUUAGAUGUAAAAGAAGCUCGUCCUCGAACUGGUGAGAAUAGAAUAACUAUUACCGGCUGAGCAGGAAAGAAGUUUAGAUGUUAACUAUUCAAACAGCUCCUGCAUAUCCUCUUUUGUUAGCAUUUCCCAUUAACAUCACUUCUUAAAAAAUAUUAACUCUGCGCCAGAUUUCCGCAUGUGUGUUUAGGUUUCAUUUGGUUUAAGUAACCUGUAACAGCUUAACACAGUGCUCCGCCUCAUAAGCUUUUAAAUAUGAACAAAGCAGGUAUUCAUUUUUCUUUUUCACCAGUAAGUAUAGUUCAAAAUUUCGGAUAAUCUUAUCGAGCUCUACCUAGCCUAUAUUGAGUCUGAUCUUAUUCCUAGUAGCAUAUUUAAGGCACCUUCAGCGUCAAUUAUAAACAAGAUAAAGACGUUACGAUCCAACUGGUUUGUUCCUUCGAACCUAAAGGUAGCAUCUGUACACGUCUUUCGCAAUGUUAAGAUUUAUAAAGAUGAUUUAAGUUUAUUGUUCAUAAUAAAGAACAAUGUGAGCCACCAUCGUGACUUCAAUGAA